AUGCUGACUCUGACCAGGCUGACCCUGCACCGUGUGACCAGCGUGGCCGCUCUGCGGGACCUGCUGAACCGCGGCAUGGCCCGCCGACAGUGCGGCGCCACCCAGGUAAACCACUGGAGCAGCCGCAGCCACGCGCUGGUCACCGUCCACCUGCGCCGGCGCCGCGGGGUCGGGCGGACCGCCUCCAAACUGCACCUGGUCGACCUGGCCGGCAGUGAAAGGGCCGGUGCCGGUCCGGGCCGCCCCAGUCGGACCCGACUCACAGAGGGAGCCAGCAUCAACCGGUCACUGGUGGCUCUCGGAAACGUUAUAUCGGCGCUAGCCGAGCAGGGUCGGUCUCGUCAGCCGGGCAGCCAGGAGAGGCGGCGGCGGCGGCGGGCGGCGACGUUCGUCUCCUACCGCAGCUCAGUACUCACCUGGCUCCUCAAGGAUUCGCUCGGCGGCAACGCCAAAACGGCCAUGGUCGCAACCGUGUCCCCGGCCAGCACGUGCUACAGCGACACUCUGAGCACGCUGAGGUUCGCCGAGAGGGCCAAGGCCAUCGUCAACUCCCCCGUGGUCAAUGACGAGCCCGGCACACUGUUGGUGAAAGAGCUGCAGGCCGAGGUCGAUCGUCUCCGCGGUCUGCUGGCACUCAACAAGAUGGCCGACUCAGGUGUCCCCUCAGACGCAGAUGUCGCCGGCACCGAUCGAAGUUUCAGACUGCGCCGAGCCGACCGGACGCUGACAUCGAGUCUGCACCGCCCCUCAUACCAGCGCCUGAGCGCCAGCGAACCGGACCUUCCGUCACCUCGCCAGGAGAGUGCGCCGCCCCCUCCCAGACGGCGGCAGGUGCUGACCCGCGCGCAGGCCACGGAGCUGCCCGAGACACCCGCCGCCGAGCGACCGAGCCCGAUCGGUGCCGAGGAGACCUCGCGUCGUCCCGUCCCCGCCACCACCUCCUCCUCUCUGAGCCUCCUCAGUGACUCCUCUGAACUCUGGGACGAACUGCGCGAUAUCGUGUGCGAGCGCGAGCGUCGCUGCUGGGCGAACUUUCUCCUUUGGGAGCAGCGCCGGGGUCUGUAUCGGCCAGCGAGUGUGCCGGGGAACAUGCAGCGGCUGUCGGAGGAGCGCCGCUCGCGCCGGCAGGUGGUCAGGGAGGUCGUGCGGCGGCUGUAUCCCGGCGGGGGUGGAGGUGGUGAGGGCGGCGAUGGUCCUCCCGGAGAUGCCACGGAGUCCGACUGGUGCUGCUGUGGCAGACGGAAGCGGCGCCGCGAGGCGUCGACCGACUCACGUCCGUACGAAAAGCGCAGCCGGAUUAUGGACCAGGUGGAUGAGGGGAAUGACUCGACCGAGAGGCAGCGACGGAGGAGCAGUGGCGAACGCGGCGGCCGUUCGGCAACCACCGCGGCACAGUCCAGCUCCGCGCGGAACGUCAGUCGAUUCCCCCGCCUCCGACUGCGCCCCGCUGACCCGACCCCGGCCGCGUCGGUCCCCUACAGCCAGGGGGAUUUAUUGCAGCCUGCCUGCACGCCAGCGGCAGCCAUCCUCUCCUGUUCUGUCGAUGAAGGCCUUGGUGGCAGCUUUGACGUAUGUGCUCCGCCGACUUUCUCUGACGACAGUCUGGAGCCAAGCGAUUUGGGGCUCUCUCAGGACUCUCUAGACAUGAUUGAUGCCGAUUCUGUCGAGAAUUUAGCCACCGGAAAGCAGCGCAUCGACAGUCUUUUCCGACCGAUGUCCCACCCGCCGAUAGUGGCUGCCCCAGUUCUGGUCCGUCAGGUCGAGCACCGGAAACAGCCACUGGAAGCAGCGGCACAUCACCCAACAUCACUACCUCUGCAAGUGCCAGGAAGCCAAAGGAAGCCAUCACAGCCUAAAGUGGCAGGAAGUCGCCGAACGGCGCCAAACACUAUCAUCAAAAUCAGCAUGGUUCGGCAGGCCGAGUCGUCGGACAGCGAGUGGGGCAGCCCGGCGGCCAGUCCCGACCGGCGCCACUCGCGGAGCGGCAGGGCGGAGCUCCGCCGCCGGGCCGAGGAGCGGCUCUCCUGCUCGGGCGCCUCCGACUCUGAGGAGGAGCACCAGCAGCUCCUCUCCGCCGUCGAUCACACCUCGGCAGACGCCGCCAGUCUGCUGUCCGUCGAUCCUGCGAGCGAUUCGCUCAGCUUCCAUUCCGCCCCUGGAGAUCCUGACGAAUGGAGCACCCAAUCAAACGCUCCGUCCGCCUAUCCUAUUAUUCAUUUUCCGUCCCCGCCGCCACCAGAGGAGCUAACCGACGAAUGCGAGUCCCCGGGCCCGCCCACACAAUCGUCAGCCGGCGUCGCUCCCCCAUUCCAGUUCACUAUCGACUCGGGAGAGGUAAAUGGGGAGAAGGACCCUUUGGACGGCUCGACAACCGACGUAGGUCGACUCUACACGAUCGUCGAGUCGGCCGGUGAGUCGGACGGGGUCAUCGAUUCCCGCGCGUCGGCUGUGACGCAUGCGCGGCCGCCCGCUGCCCCGGCAAUGGCCAGUAAACAGAGCUCGGUCGGGGCGGCAGCGUCGGCGUCGGGGUCGGCCGGUGAGCGGUCAGUGAUCGGGCGACCGCUGGUCGGCGACGGACGGCUGCCGGCGUGGGAUGCCGAGCGUCGGCGGUGGUGCGCGCGGCAGGCGGCGGCCGAGGCGCCGGCGGCUGCCGGCUGGGUAGACGCCGACAUGUGGGAGCGGUACGUGUCGCGGCUGGACGUGCGCAGCCACCUGCUGCUGGAGGAGGCGCGCCGUCGGCCCGGCCUGGCCGUCAGCCUGCUGGUGCGCUCCCGCAGCCUGCCCGAGCUGGCCGAGCGGCCCCCAGGCGCGCACGUGUCCCGCCUGUACCGCUCGGCCCUGUCGGUGACCGUGCACGGCCGGCCACCACCGCAGCCCGAGCAGAGACUGCUGUACUCCCUGCCCCCAGAGGUGAGGGAGCGCACCGCGACCGGACCGCCAGUCGAGUGUAUACCGGAGGACAGUGAUGGAGCCGGCUCUGAAAGCUCCGCCAGUUCAGACGGUUCUGACAGCUCGAAAGACUCCAAUGGAUCCGGCAGCUCAGAUGCGGGCUCUGAAGAUGGACAUGGACCCGAUGGUGCCAGUAAAAAGUCGGACGAUGGAACUGGGUUGCAGGGGGAGCGUGUGACGGCAGCACUCGAUGAAGAUGAGCCCCCGCCGCUUCUAGACCCGUGUGAUGCCGCCGAACUGUCCCCUCAGAUCGACCUACUUGGUUCCCUGAGCGAUGCACCACCGGUGUUUAGUGACUCUAGUGCAGGAGACCUAAACGUCAGCUUUCCAAACCAGCAACCGAUCGAAGAGGAUACAGUUGCGGACGAUGACCAGGUGAUCAACGAGGUGGUGAGAGAUGAGGCUACUAGAGAAACACUCACUCGAAGAGUGGAGACGACAGAGACUCACCGGAGCACGACAAACUCAGGUCCUCGGAUUCUCACCUACGAGGUUGUCGAAGAGGUGAACGUGUUUGUGCGCGGUUCAGGAGAAACUCACGUAUCUACCAGCCGGUCAGCCAGUGUUACUCAGGUGCCAGCCGAAGUCGAGAGAGCGGAGAGACGACGUGUGGAGGUCACUGACCAGAGCACGGACGGAGCGAGACGUCCUCUAGAGACGACAGAACACAGCUCACGGACUCAUAAGGUAUGGGACUAUCGGACCGAGGUGCUGCACGCAUCACCCAGGUGUCGCCAAGUGGUGACAUCCACACUGGACGCAGAGGCAAGAGUUCGUAACGCUCCUUUCGUCGAGACGGAAGGAAAUGAGACGUUCUACCCAGCUGAGAGUGGACCGGAAGGAUCAGAACCACCCAGUCUGGAGUACUGGGCUACAAACGAACCGAUAGCUUCUCAGCAGACCACAGAUAAAGCCAUGCAAAGACAACCAUCAGAGCAGCCACCCAGUCUAGAACCAUGGGAGCCAGACCAGCCAGCCAGUCUGGAGCAGCAGCCUCCAGGUCUGGAGGACUGGGCACCCGAAGAAGCUCCAAAUGUUAACCAGCACCGAACCGAGCAGCCACCUAGUCUAGAGCUCUGGGAUACAGACCAUCAGCCCAGACUCCAAAGGCAGAGUUCGGAACAGCCGCCCAGUCUGGAACCAUGGGAGUCUGACCAGCCACCCAGCCUGGAGCAAAUAACCUCCAAACCACCAGCCUCAGAUCGUGUCGACAUCGCACCAGUCGCCGACUCAGCGUCGGUCCAUGAGUCGGAUCCAGCAGCGACCGUGUACGUCGCGGCGCCAAUAAAUAUUGCAGAGCCACCGGGCGUCGGGACGGCGGCGGAAAGUUUGCCUAGACGCGGCUCCGUGACGGCGUCGGACGGAUUCCAUUCCGCCAGACCGGCCGCUGACGGGCUCCCGCCGAGCGCGCCGUCCGUCGGCACGCACCGCCGCGUCCCGCCCUCCCCAUUCCGACUUAUCACCAACGUGGAGGACGAGGAGGUACAGAUAUCGAGCCGCCACGACCGCAGUGUGUCACGCGGUCACCACAGUACCGUCGUCGUCACAAAUGUCAGCACUGAGCACGUGACGGCGACGUCGGCGGCGGCACAGGAACUGGCGAUGACGUCACCAGAAUUGAUAGAGUCGGCAGCGCCACUUGACACGGUCGCAGUGGCAUGCGGCCCACAAACGUCCCCCAGCGGCGAUCGACCGGGCCCGGAUCGCAAAGCGGCGUCUGUCGUGAGCGCGGCUGAUGAAAGCCGGAUCCGCCCGGCGGCCGGCGGUCUAGAUAUUGACGUGCGGUCGUUUGUCGAUCGACGAACGUCGCCGGAGAGCAUUAGUGACCACCGAGCUACCAGGAAUUCGGUGCAGGAGGUCAAUACCCCUGCUGGGGAGUCAGGACCACUCGAUGAAGGGGCCUCUCCAGUGUGUGAGCACUCCCUCUCGCCGGACAAAGUUGAGAGGUGGUCCUGUGAUCCACCAGCGAUUUUCGUGUUUGAGGUUGAGGAGCAGGGCGCUCUGCUGAGAAGAGACGACACAAAAUUCAUUGACGCCGACGCAGAAUGUGAGCAGCAGCGGCUGGUGGAGACUCAGGUGACCACCGGCAGUCCCAGGUCACCGAGGACACCGGUUGAGGAGCAGUUUUUCUUUUUCAAAACUACCGAGGAAGAGCCGAGUCUAGAGACGAUCGAAGAAGAGAUUGUUGAGGCGUUUGACGAGUCGUCUAGCUCUCUUAGCAGCUCCAGCUCCAGCAGUCAUUCGAAAAAUACUUCGAGGGAUGUUGAUGACGAAAGUUUGAGAUCGGAUCUGACCGGUGCAAGUGGAAUUUACAAAGUUAACUCUCCUGCCGCUGGCUCUCCUUCCGAGGCAGGUUCUCCCAGACGGGCGGCCAGCGAUGACAACAAUGAAGCUGGAACAAAUGAACAGGAAAGAAAACCCCCACAAAAUCUUAUACAACUCUCCAGCGACGGUAGUUUACCGGAGGCUGCUGAUACGCCGUGUGGUGUCCGUGAAGGCGCGGACGUCUCGGAGCCGGUGUCGGGGCCCCGUGGUACACCCAGCAGGUCGGGGGCCAGCGUGUCUAGCAACGUACAGGCCGACCGCGAGCUGGAGGAGGUGUCGGGCCGGCUGGAGGUGAUGCCUUCUUCCGCUUUGCUCAGCAAAGUGGACGCUGAAGGCGACGAGAGUGGAACGAUGGCAGAGCCUCGGUCCGGUAGCCCCCGGCUACCUGAGACGUCCGAGAGGCCUGACGGAGCUGCAGGAGGAGCGGCCAAAGAGACGAAGGAGGAGGUGGACACAAGUGUAGAAACGGAGCAAGAGCAAACAAUGAUUUCAGCUCGUUCGGAAGGUGAGGGAGGAGUUGAUACUGAGCAAGCGAAUGCACCCAACGAGGGUUCUACCUCAGCUCUUGACUCGCAAGAUAAAUCGAUCCCAAAACAAGCUUGGACUGAAACUUCAUCUGUUGUGCCUGAGCUGUCGCAUGCUGUGUCAGUGGAAGAAUGUGAAGAGUUGAAAAUGCUUGAAGAAGAGCUCGUGGAAAUGUUUCCCGAGACCACCACGGUAGAAAGGCCACUAGAAAUGAUGUCGGCAAGUGAACACUGGGAAGAAAUCGAGCCCUGUGAUGUGACUACCAUUCCCAAACUGCCAUGGACAGGUAACGAUAAUGAAGUAGGGGAAAGGGAUAAUUAUGGCUCGAGUCACUCCCACUCAGAAAGUCAAGCUGUCAGUUUGUUGACGCCGGCUACAAACAUGGCAUCAACUGAUUGCGGGCCGUGUGACAUCCACCCUGAAUCGCAGCCAGGGCACCCUGAAGCCUCUAACGACUCUCCAAUCGACGAGUCGAGCGAGCCUUCGACUUGUGCAAAUCGGUCGUCGAUGUUUGAAGAGGCCCAGGUCACGUUAGCUGAGAUCGAUCCCCAGGGCGCUCCGUCAAACACGCCACCACCACCGGGAAAUGCCGCAGAGGCAUCCAAUCUGGACCAGGUCGAGGUUGGCAAAGCUGCAGAGAAUUUCGAGAGAGAUAUGGAAGGACCAGCAGCCGAAACACCCAUUUGGAGCAUGUGCUUUCCAGAUGAUCGGGUAAAAACUCCUAAUGUCGAGCUGGAACAACUAGAUGAGCCUCAAGUCACGGCAACAGACAUCGAUCCUGAGGGAUUAUCCGAGAGAAAAACGCCGACAUCGACUCUCGACAACGGUGCAUCCGUCUCCGAUCCCGACAGAGUUGAAGUAAUUAAAGCCACCGAGAAUGUCGAAGGAGAAGUGCACGGACCAGCAAGGGAAACACAAACAUCAAUUCUUUGCUACCCUGAUGACCAUUCAGAAGCGCUUGAUUUAAAACUCGAACAGUUAGAACAUGAUGAUGCAAGUGACUCGACUGAUGAAGAAGUGGGAGAUGAAAAACGAGUUGUCCCACCCCAAGCAGCAGAAACUGUCGAGGAAGCACUUACAAAUGAAGAAGUUUUCAGUGUCAAAGAAAGUGUUCUUUGUUGUCACGACUUCAGCGAGAUGCCUCCAACAGAGCCAGAGUUCCAAUUCACAGCAACACUCAAAGAAGAACGAAGGCAAGAAACUUCAGACAUCGAUACAGAUGAGCCGGUGGAAGCAACAGCAAACGUGAAUGAAGAAGGGCUACAUGGAACGGCAGAGGAAGGGCCGCUGGUGGAACUCCUCUGUUACGGUGAUGGGACGUAUGAAGCUCCCACACUUGAGUUGGAGCAGUUGGGCGAUGGAGAGGAUUCUGACGCUGUUUCUGGGGAUGGCGCAGCUCAAGGGGCUACAGAAUCUCUAGAGAGUGAAGCAAAAGUGUUUGCCUCAGCUGAGGGAAUUGAGACGGUUCUGUGUCACUCGAUAGAAAUCGAUGAUCAGUCAGCAAAGAACGGCAUUGCUGUCGAAUCGUCAACGCCCGGCAUGAGCCCCCCUGAAGGCAGCUUUGGACAACAACAAGCGGUAGAAGCUAUCACAGCUGAUGAACAGGAUCUUCAGGUGGCAGAAAACAAAACAACCGUGCUGUGCUAUGCUGACGAUACUAAACCAGCAACUGUCUUACAUCUCGAAGCUCUGGAACACUUUGAUGUAAGCCAUGAAAGAGAACUAGAAGUUGCAGACGAAGAUGAGGAAAACGAACACGUCGAACCUGACAAGAGAGCCUCAGACAAGGACAGCACUGCUUCCGAAGCACCAUCUUUGAACCUUCUCGAUGUAACCGGCCUAGAAAUGCUGACGCUUGGAAAUGAAAAGGACACAGGAAUGUUAAAAGGGGAGCAAAGCUGCGGAGAACAGCUGGUUCUCGAUCAGAUGCCUUUGGAUGAGAGAAAUGAUCGAGAUGCCGUGAAAAUGGCAGAAAUGAUUGUGCGCGGAGUACUAAGCAAAGCAAAUAGCAUGCUGGAUGACAGCACUGAUGUGCAUGGAAAACACCAUGCACAACUUGACGCAAAGCAAAAAAGAAAGCAGUUGACCGAUGAACUGCUAACAGAUGCUGCCAUUAUCACAGGUCCCUGCGUUCAAAGCAAAACACAUGAAUCUGAUGAAAAGGACCUGGAAGAGCUGCUCCAAAGCAUUUCGGACCAGGUUGUGAGCACAGGAGAUAAGUCAACUAAGGUGCAUGCAAGUCAACCCUGUACGGAUCCAAUUCCAGCAGAAGGUAGAAGUCACAUUACAGAUGGAGAUGAAAAGUCGAACGACACUGACGACGUGAAGGAUGCCGAGCCCGCAGUUUGCAAGAAAUCAGCGUAUCUUUGCGGCUCAGAACAGAUGUUGCCCCAAAAUGACAAAGUUUCUGAAAAAGACGGAGAGGGGGUUACACCGGCAGUUGCCAUUAUCGAAGAGAGUAUCAUGAUACAAUCAAACGAACAGACCGAGGAAGACACAGCAUCAAAAGAACACCAUCGAAGUGAACGGGAAUGGAUGACGUCAAGAGAAUUCGAGGGACAGAACGAACGCGAUGUCAUGGAUACUCCUGGAGAAUGCCAAGGAAUAUCGACCGAGGUGGUAGAAACGCCAAGUGACGUCCACGCUUCUGGUAUUCAAAGUGAUGAUACCCAAGACAAAGGCCAGAUUACGUCGAGCCUAGAAAACCAAUCGAAUGUGAACGCAAGCGACGAAGAAGCUAUCACUGGCAGACGUCUUUCGUACCAAUGUGGUUUGCCUGUAGGUAGCGUCGAGACAUCGGUGGAAAAAGUCUUCAAACAUGAAGUAGAAACAGAAUUUCAGUCAGCUGCCGUUGACGACGUUGCCAUUGCUCCCGAAGUUGCCGAAGCUGCCGAAGCUGACGAAGCUGAUGAAGACGAAGCCCAUCCAGCAAUUAAAACAACAGAAGGUAAUCUUCAACAUGAGCCUGAUACGAGGAAAGUAACGCCUGUCGCUAUAGAAGAUCAGGAAAAGUCGCCAGGCUCAGAUCAGAAGAGAAAUGCACAAUCCUGUGCUUCGCUUGAAGCACAAGACACGACAGGUGUUGCAAGGCGUCAAAAUGAUACUUGGCAGGUGUUAUCGGACAUGUCAGAAGAUCCAGAUGUCACCGGAAGUAGCCAAGUGCACGAAACAUGUAGCCCAGGUGCCUCCAGCAUGAAUGAUAGGAAGGAUGCAUCGACUGAGCACCAGAAACGCAAAACCACUGACGUGUAUGAAACUGCACAAAAAGAACAUAUGUCCGUCUCAGAGCUACAAGAGAUGCAAGAGUCAGAUGAGAGAAAACAUGUCUGCGCCAGUGAACACACUGCGACAACAGAUGUAACUACUUUACAAGGCAGACUGCCGGAAGACUUCGAAACAAUCCCUUACGAUAAACAAACAACACAUGCCGAUGAACAAUCAAGACGGCGGAACGAGCGACCUGAUUGUGAUCUGGCGAUGCCUGAUGAUUCCACAGACGACAAACACAAAGAAGUGAAGGAGGAAGAAAGAAAAACCACAAUGCGGUCAGCGACGUCUUCAGUGGUUGAUGAGAUUCAACGACAUCUAUUGGAGGAGGUAGACGAACAAACACUAUCAAUGGACACGAUUGAAUCAGUGGAGGACCUGAGAAAAAGCGAUCAAGACGAGAUGUUCUACAGUUUUGACACUGAAGAUGAAACAACGGUGGACGCCAUGAGAACACAACAACCAGCUGCAACCGAGAUCUGCUCAAUGUAUGACCUUGGGCAAGAGUUCACAGAGGUCUCUUUAGAGGUACGUGAUUCCAAAACAAUGCCAAGCGAUGUGCGAUUUCAGGAGGACUCUGAGGAUUCCAGCUGUGAAACACCCCGUAUUUCCACCACCAGUCAAAGUCAAACAAACCGAUCGAGUGAUGAAGGUUCGGUCUCGUUGAGAAAGAAAAGUGAUGACGUGGACGCAUUGAAAUCGAAGGCAUCAUCAAAUGAUCUUGAAAACACCACUGCCCCACAAAACGCACCAAGAACGAAAGAUGGAACUGGGCAAUGUGAAGCUCCUCAGACAAACACGAAAAGGGAUGAAUUUUUUCACUCGAAGGAAGAGACGUUCAUUGACAAACCUGAAAUCCAACAGGCCCGUAGGGAUUCAAGAAAAGCUAGCCAAUUUGAGUCGACCGGGAAAAAGAAAGGCGUACGUGAUGUCAUUUACAAGGAGGAGACACCCCUGACAGCAUUUGCAGAUGUGUCCCAAGUGAAACCGAUGAUUUUGAAUCGUGCUCAGGGUAUGACUUUGUCUGACGAAUCUGAGGCAGACGACUGGGAUUCAACAUCUCCUCCCGCCUGCCAACAACCGCAACUGAAGCUGGACAUUCAGCCACGCACUUCACUGGGCGAGCUGGAUGGAGCACUCUCACCACGAGAAACUGUCCCACAACCACCUGUAUCCCGACCUCUGCGCGCUCUUACACAAUCUCUCACCAACAUCACCGAAACGGAAGGCGACAUCCGCGAGGAUCCGCUGGUGGCAACCACCACAUUCGGUCAUCUUGCCCGCUACAGGCAUAACUUCGGCGACGACGACGAAGACGGUACUGGUGACAAGGAUCAGGCGUCACAAUCGCCAUCGUCCUUCGGGGCAUCCACUGCAGACAAGAAGGUGCAGAUGUGGCAGCAGUACGUGGAGCUGCAACACGCCGCGGACGAAGAGCCUGCCACCGCGCAACCGCUCAGCACCUCCGAUAUCAUGUACUUGUACAUCGAAUCUGCCGCAGAUCUCAACAGCACAUCCGAGCUUUCCGACAUCGGACUGAGCGCUGCUGUGCCACGAAGUGAGCAUCGCGCGUCUGCGGUGCGUCUGGAGCGCACCGUCUCUGCCGAUUGCGUCCGACGACGACGCAGAGCCGGACUUGCGCGCUGCAGCAGCGCGGACGGCCUCCUUCAGCGUGGCAGACCGCCAGUAGACAUUGCAAACAUCAUCGCGCUUGGUCGGCUUCCUCUGGCGUCUCCUGAGUGUCAAAACGACUCAGAGUCCGAUGAUCGAGGCCGUGGAAAGAAAUGUGUCUCCUGGAACGAUCUCCACGGCUCGGGUGAGCUGGAGGUGGUGCAUGGCUCUCCAGACGGUGAGAUGCCCCAGAAGUUGACGACUCAGUCAGAUAGCGAUGCCAGCAGCACGGAGGAAGAAUCCGACGAGGAGCCAGACUUCGUGAUGGGUAGAUCGCCUCUCCAGCAAACUCAGACUGAGUUCGGUCUUACGAUGCCGGAUGAAGUGAGAAGGCGGGCGAGACGGUACCUUCCGCAGAACACGCCGUCCACGCAGCUGGAGACGGCCAAUUGGGACCUGAUCGGACAGGAUGUCGGUAUCCCUCUGGUCGAAGAGCGCCAGACCAAGCGGUUGGUGAAUGCCUCAACGCAGACACUGCGGGAUGCUUCGUCACAGACAGAUGGAAUCGAAGAUGUGGCCUACCAAUGGGAACACGGUCGCGAUUCUUCUUCAAGUCAGGAACAGCGUUCUCAACUUCCCAAUGAAAAUCAACGCUUUGCGUCUUCAUUUUCCAACUACGAACCUCAUUCAAGCUACUAUGGCUAUGAUGCUCGGCAUUCUUUCAACAAUCCUAGCCUGCGUUCUCACACACAGGCCUACAGCAUCCACACAUCACCAACUCGUGAUUCCUUCUCGCGCCCCUUCUAUACAUCACACGACUCAUCAGAAAGGCAGCGCUUGUCCUUUGAGCAUGCUGAUCGUUACCCAGAAUACAGCACGACUCACGUGAACAUUUCUGGCUCUCGUGUUGGCAGUCUAGAAAGCCAGAUCUGUCGCGAGUUGGAAUCGCUUCGCGAAGAGCGAGCGCGAAGCAGCGCCUACUAUCGGGACAGCGAGACGGAGCGUCAUCGUCGACUCUUGCAGGUCGAGGACAGCCUGCAGAAGAGCCUGCAGCAAAUGCGAGCGCUGGUAGCGCGGCGGCGAGCACGAGCGCGAGUCCUGAUGGAGACGCUACCGCCGCUCCAGCCACGCCGCCACGCAGGGAUGACCGCUGCUUCACCGGCGUACCGGCAAACUACCGUCGUGCCGUCGACUGUUCUAGAGGACAGACUGGCGGAUCUAGUUGACAGGUAUGACACAGCUACACGCGAGUACUCCGUGGGGACGGACUACAGCGGCCGGCUGCGGGAGGCGCCCUCCGUCACCCACAUUCUGCACCAGGAGAUCCACGUGCCGCCCUGCUGCGGCCACGUCCCCUCCGCGGCGCCGCGGCCCGCGCCGGCCGGCUCUCCCCGCCGGAUGACACCGUCGCAGUACCGCCAGCACCUGGCCGCCGUGCGCAGGAGGAUCCUGGCCCAGCCGGCCGCAUCGUCAGCGGCCGAGCUGCCGCCGCCGCCCGACCUCUCGGCCAGCCAGGAACGCGCGCUCGAUCCGUGGGUCCCGGCGGCGCCCGCUCGGCCCGGCGGCUCGGCGGUGAGCCGCUCUGAGCCGAACCUGUGCCGCUCUGAGCCGGACCUGAGCAGCGUCACAGGUGCCUGGCGCUCAGCAGUGCCGCCAGCCUUCGCCGGCUCCACCGGCAACCUGGGCGCACGGCCCUACGAGUACGGCCGCCCGGUGCCGGCGGAGGUCAGCCGUGCGCGUCACGCCCUGUACUAGUCUGUCUUACACACAGUGCCAACAGGAACCGAGCCGUCCACGAGUCCAACGAAACAAUGCACUAGGGCCUCAGAGGGCUCUUGGACGCUGCCAGUGCCAGCGUGUUAGGCACGUCAUCUACGGGGAGAAGAUGUAUGUUGGCACGAUGUGUGCGAGAAUGCGAAUAUGGUCCAAUGGUUCUUUGAGCCAAGGUAGUAGCGUUUGUGUGUUAUUAUAUUUAAUCAAUAUACGUGGAAUAACUAGUUAUCAUAACCACUAUUCAACAUAGUGAUAUAUCCAACGAUUAUUUUUGUUGUGAAUACUGUAAACUGUGACAUGGGUUUAAUGGAGUUUAACUAGUUAUCUAAGAACUUAAAUAAAAGUGUUACAACUGACCUCACUGCAUUAGAGUGAUAAAAGUCCAACAUUUACGAACUUGAAACAGCGGAUAUGGGCAUAACUGCUUCGCAAAAACACAUGUGAAAUUCACCCGAAAUUUGCCAUAGGACAGCCGUCAUCUUUUUGAUUCUACGUGAAAUUGGCCCCGUAUGUUCCACUCAUUCAAAGCAUUUACGCGGAGAAUGUACAGGAAUGCUGGAAUGUAGGAAUGCUGUUGGUGAUGUGUGUGAUGUUAGAAUACAGUUACUAAGAAAAC